CAGCUGCGGCCGUCGCCUCGAAGGAUGGAAAGACGACGCCGGCUUCAGUCUUCGUUGUCGCCGCCGCCGCCGCCUAGGCUAGCGCCCGGCGACCCGAGCAGUCGGCGUCUCUCAUUCAGCGCCCGCCGCCGCCACCACCGCUCGGGGGAGGGGAGUGAGCUGGAUCCACCCCGUCCGCGCCGGGGGGUGGGGGAGGAGAGCGGACCUGGCGGGCGCGCGCAGGGAGGGCGGGGCGGAGCCGCGUGGGCGCGCGCACCAAACGAGCGCGCUUGCGCGUGCCCCCAGCGCCGCGACCGGCGGGGUCUUCGCCGCGCGCGCCGCGCCAGCCGCUCUUCUGCCCCGCAAGCCCAACUGCCGCGGGGGACCGGUGUCCGUGGCGCGCGCCGCUUGCCGCAGCCCCUCGGCCCCGCGCUCGCGGGAGGGAGGGGCCGCUGCCCGCCCAACGGAGGGGCGGGGAAGGGUUGGAGGGCUGACAGGUGGGGCACCCGCCGCAGCCGGCCACCUCCUCCCGGCACGGGGCCCACCAAGGUGAAAUCCACUCUGGUGUCUGUCGCUGUCAUCUUUAAGGCCGGAGAACAAAGUCUGGAAACACUUGACUCCCAGAUGAAAUAUUCUGCCCGCGCCAGCGGUGGUUUUGGUUAAAAUUAGUCGCGGCGGGCAAGUGAGAGGGCUCCAAAUGUGAAGAGCCACCCCACUGCCAUGGGACCAUAAAUUAUGGUGGUCGAUACUCUCAUAAAGAUUCGGGAAGUGUUAGAAGUAGGCCUUUGUAAGUGUUAUGCAGGGGACCGCCCUUGGCUUAAUAAGCAAAUGACAGAAAUUUGGCAUCCCGGGGUCUCAGAUUGAUGAGUUCCAGGUGAAAAGUAUUUUCACGUCAAUGCAUGAACAAGAUUCUGAAUUAUCAAAUAUUUUGUGUGAAUGAAAAAGGAUUAGAUUCGGUAUAAAUGGUGGAAGAGUGUUGUUUCGGAGGGUGCACUGUGUGGGGUGGCCUACUUAAAAUUAGCACCAUUUGAUGCAGUGUGACUAUAAAUGGAAGGUUUUAAGUGAGCCACCUUUAUAUAUGCCGUCAUUAGACCAUUUGGAAAUGAUGAUUAUUUGAUGAUCUGCAGCUCUUCUUUAGGCAGUGUGCAGGAGGCUGUGGAAGGAAUACUGUGUACUAGCAUUGGAUAUAAAACAUGAAAGGACCAAAAUUGUUCCCAUUUGGUUUCUUUCCUCCCUUUAAUAACCACUAAGCAGAAAUGAUUAAUCUUGUAUAUCGAAGAAUGCUAAUUAUUUCCUUCUUUGAUCGCCUGGUAUCCUAGCCCUUUACUCUUAGGGAAGCUAGAAUGUCUUCAACGCCUUCCCUCAAACAGGGUUAUUUCUUUUAAAGCCUUCCCUCCCCCCUCUCCACACCCAAAGGUGAGUUGGCAAACAAAAACAGGGAUAGACAAAGUUUAUGGUUUUUCAAUUUUAUUGCAUUUUGCUUUCAAAGAAAGUCUUGAAAGGAAUCAUAAAGAAAUCACUGGUUGAAGUAGAGAAACCAAAAGAAGGAAAAAAAACAACUUUCGAAUGAGAAUAGACUUAGAAAAAAGAAAACAGACUAUUGGUUAAAAGGGGGGAAGUGUGUUAUGUAUACAGGAAGUUUUCCCAUAGAUGUGAAUUGCUUCAAGUCCCAAGGAAACAACAGGCAAACAGAAUUAGCACUUGGGGGAAAACCUUCUAGUUAUCAAGUUAGGUAAAUGUUUAUUCUUUUUUAAGUGUUAAUAAGAGAUUAAGGAAAAGGUGCUUGGCUGUGUGCCAACAAUAAUACAUACAACAAUUACAUAUACACACACAUACACAUAUCCCAUUUUAAGAAAUAAAUACUUAGAAAUAAAACUGAGGAACAACAGGGAAUUCUAGUAUUAAUGUCUUGCAAUUACUUUAAACUUGAAUUAGGGUUUCAUAAAAACAAAUGAGGCUGUGUUCCUACAUCUACCAUUAAUUUUCACAGUUUACUGUAAGAGCAGUGAAGUUUUCAUUUGGAUUUUGAAGAGAAAAAAGCACGUGACUCAUGAAGGCAAAAUAGCAGACCCAAAAUUCACUCUGAGGGAAAGGAUCUAUGGGAGGACUUUGAAGAGGUAGACACACAUUCUCCAGAAAUCUGACACCAGGGUACGAGGAGAGCCUGCCACCCUUCCCAAUCAAGUGAGACAUGCCACAGAUACCAAGGACAAAGAUAAUCAACAGUCCAUUCAAAUAUGAGUACCAACUGUUAAGAGGCAUAAGGCCUAACUUAAGAUUGAGCUGUUUCUCACAUGGGCAACUCUAUGCGGGGAAUGGGUCAGCGGGGAAGUAUUUACUUAAUGAUGUCUUGUUCCCCGGAAUAAGUCUUGGAGACCAGCUAGUACAUAAAUAAAUGUUUGCAUGAACUAAUAAUUUUCAGUAUUAACUUUAAAGAUGAUUUCGGUAAUGCCUCAUUUAUCUGACAGGACAAAGAAGGGGCAGUGAGGGAUUGAACAAAAUUAGAUAUUCUAGAUAACAGAGGUUUUCAUCUUAAAGCACUAGAAACAAUUGAAUUUAAACCACGUGUAUUGAUUUUUUUCCUGAAAUGUCACCAGUUUCUCUGCCUUAAACUAAUAAAACAUAGUAUAGUUUGACCUAUUUCUAAUGACCCAGAGGUAUUUUAUAAUC